AUGGCGGCCGCUUUUCGACCAGUGAACUCACCACUGGCGAUGACUGUUUCAAGAGAAGACGUCAUGGGCCCAGUGUCCUCAACAUCCCGACCCAGCACAGCUCCUCAACCACACCCAUCGAGACCUACAGACGAGGGUACAACCCCGACAAGGGCGACAUUCAAUAUGGCUAGCCAGAAACCCCUUCCCUCGAGCCCGUUUCCACAGGGGAUUCAGGUUCCCGAGCAACCACUCAAACCGAAGAUGCCCCAACGUCACGAUUCACGGCAUUCGAAUAAAUCAGGCGACUCAGGAGAUGUAGAUAUGGACGAUUCCGAAGGAGAGACUGGUACGAUCGACGACGGUGCUGGGUCUGAUGACGAAAGUAUCGGAGCCGAUGGACCCCGCUCUAGCAAGAAGAAGAAAUCACAACGCUUCUACUGCACGGACUACCCCCCAUGCAAUUUGAGCUUUACACGCAGCGAGCAUUUGGCCAGACAUAUCAGAAAGCAUACGGGCGAACGUCCAUUCCAAUGUCACUGCUCACGACGUUUUUCGAGACUCGACAAUUUAAGACAGCAUGCACAAACGGUCCAUGUCAACGAGAAUAUUCCUAUGGAUUCACUGGCUGCAACAGGUUCUCGGUUUCAACGACAAAUGCGUCCCGAUCGAGUAAGACAAGCUGGUAACCGAGCAAGAGCAUCAACAGGCGGUAGCGCUGGCGGUCCCCAACGAGGGCAUUCUAAAUCAUUAUCAACAUCGAGUAUUACUAGUGUGAGCUCGGUUGGCUCUGCUUACAGUGUCCAAGAUUCUAGGCGACGACCACCGCCUUUGGUUAUGGCCGAUCCUCGGUCACGGCUAUCAUUCGAGUCGUACCGAGGUUCUAUGGACGGCGGCUUGCCCCAAUAUCGACCUGUUUCUCCAAGUGAAUACGGAACUCCCACUUCCUCGACGUUCUCGACUGGGCAGAGUAGCCCUCGAUGGGGACCUGGCGUUUCUUCUCCGGCAACAUCGCACUCACGAUCUCACAGCAUGUACACAACAGGCUCUCGUACGCCAGGCCGUCGUUUGAGUGUUCCCUCAGGAAACAAUCCGUUCCAAUCCCCCAGUGCACCAGGAGGUAGACCGAUGAUGUUUGGAUCCAAUUCUGGUCCUGCCAACGCUUUGAAUGUGGGUGCUCCUCCGCCAACCAGUAAUGGCAUUCCUUCAUCCCCAACUUCCGCAACCUCUCAAUGGCCACGCAGAGAGUCAUUGUCUGAAAGCGAUUGGCGUCGACGAACCUGGCACCCAGACAGCCGCAAUAUCAAUGGGAAUCCAAGUCAGCUAAGCUCCGUUGUGAAUCAGUCCUCAGUCCGUCCGAAUCCGCCCCCGCCGAUCGCGAACCCUUCCAACUCUCAGUCGUCCUUCCGCCUGCCUGGUAUUGAAUCCUUCGAUCCUCUCCCACCGCGCCCAGCCACCCCGUCCAGGAGACAGCCUUCGCCAAUGAUCGUUGAUGCGGAAGCUCAUGCACGCGCUCCCUAUCAGCCACAUCUCCCCGAGACCCCGAUGCAGGACGAAAGACGAAAUCUCAACAUGUACGACGCCAGUAUUCAGCGUGGUCUCAAUCGCCUAGACAUCAACCAUAAUACCCCCCCUCGUGACAGCGCUGGUUCAUGGGCUUCCGAAGCGAAUAAGGCGGUUCAAGCCCAGGCUGAGCAUGUGCGACUCAACCCGCCCAUUGUCCGUUUCGAGGAACGCCCCUCGGUUUACCACGGUUCCAAGCUUACAUCUGCCCCGCGAUCGUUUCAUCAGCAUACGAUGUCGGCUCCUUCCAUCACGACGUCUAGAGAAAACAAACGUCGGGGUUGGUAUCAUGGACCAGCAUCUGUUCAAAGGGAUGGAAGAAUGCCACAGGAGCCGCAGGACCCCCGACUGGCGCAUGUUGAACGGAUGGUGCACCCCAACUUCACUGGUUUCAGCGGAUUUCCUGUAAAGGAAAACCCUCCUCCUUCACAUCAUCAUUAUCAACAUCCACAACAACAACAGUUGGCCCCACAGGCUCAACAGCAGACCCAGCAGCAUCAGUAUCAGCAAGUCCAACACCCACAGCAGCAACAACAACAGCAACAGGGUCGGCCAGGAAGUAAUGGUUCUCUUGGACGACUGGAAGCCUUGGUUGCCGUUGCAACAAGCGAAGGGUCAACCGCCAAAGCGUACUGA